CCCCAGCGACAGGAGCAGCAGAAUUUCCUUUGCUGCUGCAGCGCCAAACCAGCUGCUGCUCAGCAGCGGCUCCCCUGUAGCUUCACUCGACAUCUCCCCCGCACCGCAGCAGCAGCAGCAGCAGCAGCAGGAACAACAGCAGCAGCAGCCGCAGCAGAAGCAGCAGCAGUGUACGAAGAUUGUGCUGUCACUGUCCCUUCAUUGCCUCCAAGAGGCACUUGUCGCGCCGGGGCAGCAGCAGCAGCAGCAGCAGCAGCUUAAACACGAUAAUCAUCAGGAGCACCAGCAGCAGCAGCUCGUUGGACAAGACCAGCAGCAGCAGCAGCAGCGGCAGCAGCAGCAGCAGCAGCGGCAGCAGCAGCAGCAAGCGACGGUGUUCUACAUGCAUUGGUCAGAUGCGCUCACUGAAUCGAUGCUGCUGCCUCUAAAUGAGCAGCUGCAGAAAGUUUCCUCCUUUGCUGCUGCUACUGCUGCAGUUUCUGCUGCUGCUGCUGCAGCAGAUGCUGCUGAUGGAAAGAGCUGCAAGCCCAUCGCUGUCAAGGUGGAAGAGGUCUCCCCGGCAGACCUGGCAAUGCAGCAGCCGCAGGUGCAGCAGCAGCAGCAGCAGCAGGUGCAGCAGCAGCAGCAGCAGCAGCAGAUCCUGCAGCGGCAGCAGCAAAUCUGUCGCUGCUGCGGCGAAUUUUGCAGCAGCUCCCCCGUGCUGCUACGUGGUGAAACUGUGGCAGACACUGAGCGGCUGGAGCGUGCUGCUCCGUUUGCGCAGCUGCUGCUGCAGAUGAACUGGGAAGGCAGAGGCACUGCAGUGCUGCAGCAGUUUGUGCGCCUUUUGGGCCCUCUGCUGCCGAGCAGCCACAUGUCUCUGUUCACGGCGUAUUUGCGGCAGCAGCUGGAGACAGCAGCAGCAGCAGCAGCAGCCGCUGCUGCUGCUACUGCUGCUCCGGGUGCCGCGCCAAGCAGCAGCAGCAGCAGCAGGGGAGGCAGCAAAGAUGCUCCUCAAGAGUUCGCCUGCUGGAUGCUGCAGCCCCUCAGAAGUUUGCUGUCGCACUUGGCGCUGCAUGCAGCUCUUGCUGCUGCUGCGCUGCGCUGGCAACAGGGGACGCCUGCUGCAGCCCGCAGCAGCAGCAGCAGCAGUGCAGCAGCAGCAGCAGCAGCAGAUGAAGGGCUGGAUGAAGAGUUUCAAAUCAAACGGCUGAUUGCUACGAAGAAGAAAGGCGCGCGGGGCGUUGCAGCAGUUCCUGGUGCUGCUGCUGCUGCAGAGGAAGGAGCCCCUGCAGCAGCAGCUGCAGCAGCAGCUGCAGCAGCAGAUGGGCUGAGUGGCGAGGGUCUCUUCUUUGCUGCUUAUUAUGGGAUGAACAUAAGGGACUCGCCCACGCUGCAUCGGGUUGCUGCGCUGCUGCUGCAUCAUUUGCUGCCGCUGCUGCAGCAGCCGCUGCUGAAGGACAAGUUUGUGCGGGCAGAAAGGGCUGUUGCUGCUGCUGCUGCUGCAGCUGCGGACAAGGGUGCGCAGCAGCAGCAGCUCCUAAUGCAUCCAGACAGAGAGCCGACAGCAGCGCCCGCAGCAGCAGCAGCUGCUGCUGCUGCAGCCGCAGCAACGGGGACAUCUCCUGGAGCUGCUGCGGGACUCGCGGAGCCCUCGCAGCAGCAGCUGCUGCAGCAGCAGCAGAUGCUGCAGCAGCAGCAGCAGCAGCCAUCUGAGGGGCGCAGCAUGCACCUGGAGCUGCUGCUGCCGAAGCAGCCUCUUGUAUUCCCCCAGUUUCUGCCCCCGGAGUCCCCCGAUAGGUAA